AUGGAGAAUCCAAAAAACGUGACUGAAUUCAUUCUUUUGGGCAUUAUGAAGAAUCCAGAUCUUAGGAAGAUACUCUCUGCUGUGUUUCUAAUCACGUAUGUGGCUACAGUUUUGGGAAACCUACUCAUUGUGCUAACACUGACUGCAAGUCAGAGUCUGAAGUCACCUAUGUAUUUUUUCCUUACUUCUUUGUCCCUUAUGGAUGCCACCUACUCUUCUGUCAUUGCCCCCAAGAUGAUUGUGGACUCCCUGUCUGAGAGCACUACCAUCUCCCCUGAAGGCUGCAUGACCCAGCUCUUUGUGGCACAUUUCUUUGGUGGUGUGGGGAUUCUACUGCUCAUUGUGAUGGCCUAUGACUGCUACGUGGCCAUCUGUAAGCUCCUGCACUACAGGAGCAUCAUGAGUCCUCGGGUGUGCUGCCUGAUGGUGGGAGGGGCUUGGCUGGGGGGCUGCACGCAUGCCACGAUACAGCUUCUCUUCAUGUAUCAGAUGCCGUUCUGUGGCCCCAAUGUCAUUGAUCACUUUAUGUGUGACUUGUUUCCAUUGUUGAAACUUGCCUGCAUGGACACCCACAUCCUGGGACUCUUCGUCACCCUCAACAGUGGGGUGAUGUGCAUGGCCAUCUUCCUCAUCCUCAUCACCUCCUACAAGGUCAUUCUCUGCUCUCUGAAGUCCUGCAGUUCUGAAGGGCGGCGCAAAGCCCUCUCCACCUGUGGCUCCCACCUCACAGUGGUCGUGUUGUUCUUUGUGCCAUGUAUUUUCUUGUACAUGAGGCCUGUGGUCACUUACUCCAUAGACAAGGCAAUGGCUGUGUCUGAUUCAAUCAUCACACCCAUGUUAAAUCCCUUGAUCUACACACUGAGGAAUGCAGAGGUGAGAAGCGCUGUAAGAAAACUGUGGAUGAAAUAA